GCAGAAAAAGGGCGUGAAGCGGAAAGCAGACACGACUACCCCCACGACGUCCGCCAUCACCGCCAGCCGGAGCGAGUCGCCCCCGCCAUUGUCGGACCCCAAGCAGGCCAAGGUGGUGGCCCGGCGGGAGAGCGGGGGCCGCCCCAUCAAGCCCCCCAAGAAGGACUUGGAGGACGGCGAGGUGCCCCAGCACGCGGGCAAGAAGGGCAAGCUGUCGGAGCACCUGCGCUACUGCGACAGCAUCCUCCGCGAGAUGCUGUCUAAGAAGCACGCGGCCUACGCCUGGCCCUUCUACAAGCCGGUGGACGCCGAGGCCCUGGAGCUGCACGACUACCAUGACAUCAUCAAGCACCCCAUGGACCUCAGCACCGUCAAAAGGAAGAUGGACAGCCGCGAGUACCCCGACGCACAGGGCUUCGCUGCCGACAUCCGGUUAAUGUUCUCGAAUUGCUACAAAUACAACCCCCCAGACCAUGAGGUGGUGGCCAUGGCCAGGAAGCUCCAGGACGUGUUUGAGAUGCGGUUCGCCAAGAUGCCAGACGAGCCCGCGGAGGCACCCGCACUGCCCGCGCCCGCAGUCCCCGUGGCCGGCAAAGGUGCUGAGAGCAGCCGCAGCAGCGAGGAGAGCUCGUCGGACUCCGGCAGCUCGGACUCGGAGGAGGAGCGCGCCACCCGGCUGGCGGAGCUGCAGGAGCAGGGGGGACUGAAGGCCGUGCACGAGCAGCUGGCCGCCCUGUCUCAGGCCCCAGUGAACAAACCAAAGAAGAAGAAGGAGAAGAAGGAGAAGGAGAAGAAGAAGAAAGAUAAGGACAAGGAGAAGGACAAGGACAAGCACAAGGCCAAGUCCGAGGAGGAGAAGAAGGCCAAGGUGGCCCCGCUGGCCAAGCAGGCCCCGCAGAAGAAGGCUCCUGCCAAGAAGGCCAACAGCACGACCACGGCCAGCAGGCAGCUGAAGAAGGGCGGCAAGCAGGCGUCCGCGUCCUACGACUCGGAGGAGGAGGAGGAGGGCCUGCCCAUGAGCUACGACGAGAAGCGGCAGCUCAGCCUGGACAUCAACCGGCUGCCCGGGGAGAAGCUGGGCCGGGUGGUGCACAUCAUCCAGUCGCGGGAGCCCUCGCUCAGGGACUCCAACCCCGACGAGAUCGAGAUCGACUUCGAGACGCUGAAGCCCACCACUCUGCGGGAGCUGGAGAGAUACGUCAAGUCUUGUUUACAGAAGAAGCAGCGGAAGCCGUUCUCGGCCAGCGGGAAGAAGCCGGCGGCCAAGUCGAAGGAGGAGCUCGCUCAGGAAAAGAAGAAGGAGCUGGAGAAGCGUCUGCAGGACGUCAGCGGGCAGCUGAGCGGGGGCAAGAAGCCUGCCCGGAAAGAGAAGCCGGGCUCGGCACCGUCGGGGGGCCCAUCGCGGCUCAGCAGCAGUAGCUCGUCGGAGUCCGGCAGCAGCAGCUCCAGCGGGUCCAGCUCGGACAGCAGCGACUCGGAGUGAGCCGGCCUCGGACGGACUGGAACGGACGAUGCCGCACACGCCGACUCUGCCGUGUCCCCUUCUGUGGUUAAUAUACUACUUGUGUUCCAUGGUGUGCAGGUUUUCUUUUGAAUUCAGUGUUAUGACACCUUCCAGUUUCGCUUCCGUAGGUCGGAGCUCUGUCUGCGUGUGCGUUGCACUUUGUGGGACGGCCCAGACGCCGCGUGGUCUCUCCUGCGUGACCGGAUUCAGGCGCUCGGAGCUGACUGCUUUGAAGGCUUGUUGGCGACCACAGAAAACCGUGUGACGCGAACCGAAGGACCCUGCGGAAUCCCUCUCUUGUGCCCGACCUGUAGAGCUCCAGAAGGAAUCUUUUCAAAGGAGAGUUCUCUGAAGUGGGUGCUGCAUUUGGAAGCUGUUCGCUUUGCAGAUGGGUGCUGUCUGCGCUGGGGCCCCGAGGGCUGACCCUUGUGUUCGAGGGCGUCGCCUCUCUGCCGAGGCUGAGGACGGAGUUGCCCUUUGGUCGGACCGACCCGGUCUGGGCCCAAGCGAAGGAAGGGUUGCCCCAGCCCCUGCUGCCGAGCACGGAGCUCCCGGGGCUGGGCUGGGCCGGGCAGGGCGGGAAGGGCUGUGGCGUUCUCGGAUCGUGCGACGUCAGGAGCUCCUGGGAGGGAACACGGCAGCUGCGUGUGCAGCGUGCAGGUUUCCAUACACUGAAGCUUUUACCUCAACUUAAAAAAAAAAAAAGAAGAAAAGAAAACAAACAAACAAAAGGAGACUUUUUUGUAAGGUUCGGCAAUUUUCUACGAAAGUCCAGCCCGACGCGUGUCUCCGCGUGGUAACGCUGCCCCCUACAGCUGCUGCACACCCUGGAACCGUUUUUCCAAUUUUAUGUAUAUAUAAAUACUUUAUUUAUUAACAUCAUUGGUCAUUUUUUUAAAAAAAAGAAAAAAAGAAGAAAAGAAAAAAACUGCAGAAGAAACGCAUUAAAAAAAGAGCAGAGAUGCAGGCCUUGGAAGGGUGUGGACGGGACCGCUCGCAGGACGCCCUCUGACCUCCCGGUGCUAGUUCCUGUUACCUGCGCUGGUGCUGAUACGUGUCUGGACGCGCUUCCCCGGGCUGGUGGUUUGCUUGGUUUUUUUUUCUUUUUCUUUUUCUUUUUCUUUUUUGUAUGAAGUUUGGAGACGUACCGGUAUAGACGGCUUUCAGCUACAGCACACCCUAAUUUUUAAAUUUUAUUUUGUGUGUUUAGUUCUUUUGUAUUCACUCCCGUGUCUUUAGGACUGUUUUAAAGAAAUCAACGUAGGGAACCCCAGUUAUAUAAUAUAAACUUUGUAAUCUGAGAGAAAAAAAUGUAUAGUAAAUCUAAGUCUUGAUUUUUGACUUUCUAUUGUAAAAAAUAAUAAUAAUAUACAGAGUUUAACAGAA